CUCUCUCCCUUCUCUCCCUGAUCACACCAGAACAUGCAGGGAGAUACCUCUGACAGCACCCCGUCUCCUGCAACCCGUCCGCCUCCCGUUCCUAUCUCGUCACGUCGCGCCGUCAAUGCGUCGCCAACCUCUCCCGGAGCGCAGAACUCGGCCUCGGGCCAAGGCCGCAACACCCUAAGCGGCCUCCUCACAUCGCGUCCAGGAAACCCACCCAUUCCUCCGUCACUCCAAGCAAAGAUGGCUGCAAUGCUCAACCGCGGGGUGCCCAACUCGUCUGCAUCACCCUCCGCCGAUUCUGCUGCUCAGGCUCUGGGCAGAGCGUCACUCAAUGAAUCUCUGCCACAUCAGUCUCGCUCUUUCCCCCCUGUCCCUUCUAAUUCUCAAUUCCCUGCUCGAGGUGGCCGACCAGGGGCUCCGCCACCAGCCAAGAAAAAUAAACCCGGUUUCAAGCUAUCGGACAUCGCAGCAGGUGGAGGUGCCAUGGGUGCGGGCCUGGGUGCAGGUAGACCAUCAUUGGCUGAAGCGAAUCGACACGUUGGGGACACGCCUUUUGCCAACUUCAACAAGAUUGUGUAUGUGCACCAUAAUCCAACUCUCAUUCUUUAUGCUGACAAGCCCGACUGAUCGAUCAUGUAUUGUUGUUGUUGUGGUGUCAAUCUCCAGAGACCCCUCCGGCCGGCUCAACUUUUCCGGGAAAGCCGUCAUACACGCUUCUGGCGUCGACUUUUCGAACGGGUCAUCGUUUGCAAUAAACAUGGAACAACUCAAACUUGAGCAGGAGCUUGGUCGUGGCAACUACGGUACCGUUAAGAAGGUUCUCCAUAAGCCUACCAAUGUAGAGAUGGCUAUGAAGGAAAUACGACUUGAACUCGACAGCGCGAAACUCAACGGGAUCCUCAUGGAACUUGACAUUCUCCAUCGUGCCAUUUCGCCACACAUAGUCGAGUUCUACGGUGCUUUCUUUGUGGAGAGCUGCGUAUAUUACUGCAUGGAGUACAUGGACGGUGGCUCCCUCGCUUCUUUGUGCUGCGACCCUCCUGGCGCGAAUGUGCUCGUUGGCUCAGGUCGCUUUGCACCUCCCCCAGGCGAACGUGAAGGCUCUGAAGAACAGCUAGAGGAGAUGGCUAAACCUCGAGUGACGGAGCCUUUGCUUGCACGUUUCGCUGCAUCCAUGGCACGCGGACUCAAGUUUUUGAAGGACGAGUUGGGUGUCAUGCAUCGCGACGUGAAGCCCACCAACGUACUGGUCUCGACCAAAGGUUUCAUCAAGCUAUGUGACUUUGGUGUUAGUGGACAGCUUGAAAAGAGUAUCGCGCGUACGAAUGUUGGGUGUCAAAGCUACAUGGCGCCCGAGCGAAUAAAGGGGUCAUCACCCACGCCUAACGAUGACGCGUUCAUGUCGUACUCUGUCAGCGCGGACAUAUGGAGUCUUGGUCUUAGCAUCGUGGAAGUAGCUCGUGGACGAUAUCCUUAUCCUCCAGAAACGUAUGAAAACGUGUUCGCUCAGCUGAGCGCAAUCGUGGAUGGGGAGGCGCCAGGGCUGCCUGACGAUGAGGAGGACAUGCCUGUGGUAAACGGUGCUGCGAAAAGCGAUGAUGAAGAUAACGAUGACGAAGAUGACUUCAAAGAUGCCGAGGAAGAAGUUACUUCAGAGAGCGGAGAAACUGCAGAAACUCCAAAGCAGAACGAGGCACCGGCGUGGGGCUCCGAAGUUACACGGAAGUGGUCACCAGAAGCCCGUGACUGGGUGAACAAAUGUCUUAUCAAGAAUGCAAGUGAGCGGGCAUCUUAUGCAGAGCUCCUUGACCACCCUUGGCUGAAGGCGGAUGCCGACCGGGAAGUCGAUACGGCCAGCUGGGUCAAGCGGGCCAUGGCCUGGCGCGACACGCAUCACCGUGGUUCUUCCUGGGGUGGCGAGUGAACUUUCCGUCACCCACUCCUGUUGGGCAGGGACAAGAAAGGUUCAAAACCAGAUCAAAUCCUUGUUCCUGCCAUUUGACGGCAUUUGGUCUCCCCACUCAUCUUGCGACAGUCGGGGAAAUGAAGUUUAAUCGUGCUUCACACGGGCACGUCAUAGGUGCGCUGCGGAUCAGGCAUGUUACAGGAAUUUGGCGACCUUCGGACCUGGGCGAUGAUACAAGACGACAAUCGCCAAUAUUGCUCACUCAUGCUGUUUAUACACUGUUGCACACUUCAUACGAGCUCUGGUAUACGUCUUGCUCGGUGUCAGUGACCACACCUGCCGCCCCGUGCGCUCGGCCAUGUCCCAUGCACUCUUUUCUUCUCGAAUUUAUCUUACCAAUAUUUUAUUAGACUACUUUACCACCUGCGUCUGGCACCAGGCGGGUUCUCCCUUCAUGCGUGCCUACCCCCAGAUAUGGUCGUUGCUGGAGACCACUCCCGAUACAAUCCUCUCUCCCAGCCCCCCAAGUCAGAUAACUGCAACAUGUAUACGUAAUGUACGCACAGGAUCCGGAGGAGUAAUACAAAA